GUUAGCCCAACUCAUUGCUUGGCGGGCUGGACGACGAUCAAUCCACUCUCUCUGUCCUGAACUCACAUCAAGAAUUACCAGCCUAAUAUGCACCUCGGGACGGGAAGGCGAUAACACAUUUUCUUUCAAUUCCAGCGUCAUGGCGCGCCAGAGAGGUGCUUCUACUGCCUCUUCCCAAUCAUCUCUUCCUGAUCAGAACCAGGAGCUAGGGAGCAUGUAUGACUACCUAGCAAAGGUCAUUCUUUUAGGUCCAAGUGGUGCCGGAAAGUCAUGUCUGUUGCAUAGAUUUGUGAAGAAUGAAUGGAGGGUCCUAUCUUCUCAGACCAUCGGUGUUGAAUUCUCUUCGAAGAUCGUAAAGAUCGGAACCGGGUCGAGAAGGAAACGUAUAAAACUACAGCUCUGGGACACCGCAGGGACAGAACGCUUUCGCUCCGUGUCGCGUUCGUACUAUCGCGGUGCUGCAGGUGCAAUAUUAGUAUAUGAUGUCGCAUCUCACAUCUCUUUUAACGCACUACCUACUUUCCUACUUGAUGCUCGAGCCUUAGCGUCUCCGAAUUUAACAGUGCUACUAGCUGGAAACAAGAGUGAUCUGAUUACGGACCCUAUUAAUCACGGAGGUUACUGGGAUGAGGGCCAAAGAAUACCAGCCACCCCUAAUAGUACAUCGAGUAAACAGUCGCCCUGGGCGUUUGAUUCCGGUGGUGGAUCUGUUCGAUCGAUGAACAGCCCGAUCGCUGGGACAAGGAUGACCGCCACAAUUGCGCCAGACGGGGGUGAGGUGUCCUUGGAAGAAGCGUCGCGGUGGGCAGCAAAGAAUAACAUUCCCGUUGCUGUGGAAGUGUCUGCACUAUCUGGGGAAGGGGUGGACGAAUUGUUUACUCGAUUGGCGAGAAUAAUUCUCACCAAGAUCGAGCUUGGGGAGAUCGAUCCAGAUGACCCGCAGAGCGGAAUUCAGUACGGAGACAUGUUUGGCAUGAGCGCCAGCGAUGGCGGAAGUAUCCGAAGUGGAAUCACUGUUGAUGAUUCUUAUGUCCAACUUCGGCAAGGAAAAAGCCGCAAGAAAGGUGGUAGAUCCUCCACCAUGCGAGAAUGGGAAGACGUGUUCCGAUUAGGAGGUACAACCAGACGAAGAGGUUGUUGCUGA